CUCAACACAAACCCCCUAUUGAUCCGGUUGCGCAGCCCGUGUCAAGUUUGUGCUUGUGGUGAGACAGACUGAUAGUGUGUGAGCGCUCUUUUGGAAUUUUGAGGGCAUGGAGGGAAGGAAAGUGGUUGUCUCAGCUCUGCAAUUCGCUUGCACCGACGAUGUAUCCACUAACGUCGAUAAAGCCGAAAGGCUGGUUAGAGCUGCUCAUGGGAAGGGUGCUAACAUCAUUCUUAUUCAGGAACUAUUUGAAGGUUAUUACUUCUGUCAAGCACAAAGAGAGGAUUUCUUUCAGCGGGCCAAGCCAUAUAAGGGUCACCCAACUAUUUUGAGGAUGCAGAAACUUGCAAAAGAGUUGGGGGUUGUGAUACCAGUUAGCUUCUUUGAAGAGGCAAAUAAUGCCCACUACAAUUCAAUAGCCAUAAUUGAUGCUGAUGGGACUGAUCUUGGUCUCUACAGAAAGUCCCAUAUUCCAGAUGGACCAGGCUACCAGGAAAAAUUUUACUUUAAUCCAGGCGACACUGGCUUUAAGGUGUUCCAAACUAAAUUUGCAAAAAUUGGAGUUGCAAUUUGCUGGGAUCAGUGGUUUCCAGAGGCAGCCCGAGCUAUGGUUCUUCAAGGUGCAGAAAUAUUGUUUUACCCUACUGCUAUCGGCUCUGAACCUCAAGAUGAAGGACUUGAUUCUUGUGAUCACUGGAAGCGAGUGAUGCAAGGGCAUGCUGGUGCUAAUUUGGUGCCUCUAGUUGCUUGCAACCGGAUAGGGAAGGAGAUAAUCCCGACAGAGCAUGGAAACAGUGAGAUCACAUUCUAUGGCAACUCCUUUAUAGCAGGACCUUCCGGAGAAAUUGUUGCUGCUGCUGAUGAUAAAAAGGAAGCUGUUCUUGUAGCAGAAUUUGAUCUAGCUAAAAUCAAAUCCAAAAGACAUGGCUGGGGGGUAUUUCGAGAUCGGCGUCCAGAUUUAUACAAGGUGCUUCUGACAUUAGAUGGCAGCAACCCCUCACUAUGAUUCAAUGUAUCUUAACCUCUUUGUGUCAUGCUGUUUAGGUGCUUAAGAGAAAUCAUUUUAUAACAUCCAUCUCAUGCUUUUCUCUUUCUCCUUUUAAAACAGAGGAAAUGAAAAUAUUGACCUUCAUAAAUAUUUUUUACAUAUAACUGAAGCAAAAUUUGAAUAAAAUAUUAUUAUGUUGUAUGUCCGCCUCAAACCUGAAAAAAAGUCUAUCAAGCAUUAUCACUCUUAUAUGCUGCAUGUGGCAUGUGUGUUGACUGACUUGCCACUAGGGGAUCCCCAUCUAGAUAAUCGCCUAUUCCAAACAGCUAUAUGUAUGAACGCAUUUAGAACCAUCUGAUAUUGAGAUUUCUUGUCAAGUGAGAGCAGUAUCAGAUGGUCCAGAAAUAUCUGUCAUCCUUGACCCUCUUAGUAUAUAAGUUAGCACUUAAUUGAUUUUGGCCCACCAUUCUGUUUGUUUUAGUUUUAGAGAAAUAAUGAGAAGAUGAAAACAUUCCAUGGUGUAUGUUAUUUGUGGAUGACUUAGUUUUAAUAGAUACUUCUAAGGAAGCCUUAACAACAAACUUAGAAAUAUGGAGAAAGACAUUACAAGCAAAAGGCUUAAAAUUUAGUAAAACUAAGACAAAAUAUAUGGUAUGUAAAUUUGAUAAAGUAAUAAAUGUUGACAAUAUAAGUAUUACAAUUUAAGACCAAAGAUUUACUCGAAAUAACUUUUUUCGUUACCUAGGAUCAAUAAUACAAAAGGAAGGGGAGAUAGAUGGAGAUGUAGUAAGUAGGAUUAGAGCAGGGUGGACAAAUUGGAGGCAAGCUUGUUGUAUCCUUUGUGACAAAAGAAUACCAAAUAAAUUAGAAGGAAAAUUCUAUAAAACAGUUAUUAGACCAGCUAUAUUAUAUGGAUCGGAGUGUUGGGCGCUGAAAAAGACACAAGAACAAUAGGAUUAACUAGAAGAGAGAAGAUUUAUAAUGAAUGUGUGGGGGAAAUACUAGGUAUGGUGCCUAUAAAUGUUAAAAUUAGAGGAAGUAGACUUAGUUGGUAUGACCAUAUUCAAUGUAGACCUGAUGAUGCACCUGUUAAUAGUGGGAAAGUAGUUUGCCUAGAAGGUAAGCGACAAAGAUGCAGACUACAACCAAAACUUACAUGGGAUGAAAUAAAUUUUUUUUUUUUUUUUGAUAAGUGAAAUAAUAAAUAAUGACUAAAAAAAUUAAAUCUAAGAGAAGACAUGGUAUAGAAUAGAAAAUAAUGGAAAAAGAGAAUUCACGUGGCCGAUUCCAUCCACACGAUGAUGAUGAUGAUGAUUUUGUUUGCACUUUGCAUGCAAUUGUUGUAGAUAUUUGAUGUGCAGUUCAGUUAGUGUGUUAGAUUCCUUUUUCUUUCUUUUUUAUUCAGCAUCUUGAAGAUUUAUAGUACAGAUAUUUUGUGCUCGUCCACCAGGUAGGAUUCAUAAGAUGAAACAAUUAAGAAAAAAAUACCGUUAGCAUAGAGUUGCAAUUUAUGAUUUAAAAAUUUGUAUAUAUGGUUACAGUACUUGAUACCAUGGAUAUACUCACUGAUACCUUCCACCUAGCAGAUGAACCACAUGAAGUGGUUGGCAUGCAAUCUUGGGGAUUGGGAGAGCCACAUGAAAGCACUGUGGCCUCAGAUUGCAACACGUAGAGUUUUUAGCACAUUCAAUAUACUGGUGAAGGUAAUAGGAAGUUUCUGAUCUUUAGAAGAUUUGGGAACUGUCUUGCCAUGUGUCUGGUAGAGAAUUCUUCUUUUUUCGUCCGUAAGAUUAUGAUUUACUGAUUUAGUAGAAGUAUCUAUACAAAAGUAUCUGUCAUUGUUUUGUGGUGGUGCUUUUCAUGUGAUACAGCUGCAAAUCGAAGAAUCUUUUAUUGACCAGAAUCAAGGGUUCUUUAGUCUCUGUGUUGGUCCAUCCUGUUAUGCCUACUUUUCUUAUUUUAGCUUGGUAGGUAUAUUUCCUCAUCUAUGUUAUAGGACGUCCUAGCAAAGCUUUUAGUCUGGAACAAAAUUUAUUCGUCUUCUUGAAUUUUGAGUGGUUUUUUGAACUUCAGUUUAAUUUACUCCCAUUUAAUGAUUUUUAAAUUGUCUUUUUCUUCUAUUUGACGACAAAUGGGUAGAUCAGGACCACCAUGACUGUGUUUUCGACUAUUUACAUGUGUGCUUUUUGGGCCACAUCUAAUGAGCCAAAGGCUGGAGCUAUUAGUUCUUUCUCAUUGGAUAAAAAGGUCCUCCCCUGCUGCACAUCAUGAUUUGGAUUGUGUUUACUGAUGUGUGUUUUUCCAGUAUUGUUCACUUAUUGGCUCUUUUUUCUCAAUGCCAGGGUAAAAACAUUCCAGUGUCAACUUCAGUUUCAUUUCUUUUUGUGCAUUUUUCAAACCCUAAUUACUUCCUAGGAAUUAGGAAUUCCUGAAAGGUGUCUCAUGGUGGUCGUCAUCAUCAGCAUCGGCAUGAUGUAUCCCAGCUGAAUUUGUGCUUGAUUGACGGAACAACCCUUCAUUUCCCAUCUGUUUUUACUUUUUAAUUAUUUCAUGCUCUUCAUGAAUCAUAACAAUUACUGUUGUCCUCAUCAUCAUCCUCUUAAUCCUAUAUGAAUGGAGUCGGUAACAUGAAUUCUUUGUCUCCAUUCUUUUGUAUUACACACGAAUGCAUGUGUCUAAACCAUCUAGGUCUAUUUACAUAUUCGAGCAGCAGACAUGGCAACCAGGUUUUCAGUUUCAUGCUCAUUUCUAAGACCAUGGUACCCUUAUUGUUAGUUGAUGGCAACACUUGAAGCAUUGUCAUUAGAGCAUAGGCCAUGCGACACACACAUUCAGACACACAUAACAUAAGCAUUUUCACCUCAACAUGGGUCACAGUGGCACACAACAAACUAGUGGGUAUGCAAAAUGCAUCGACUCAAAGAACAUUCAUGGUGUGCUUGAGGUUGGUUCAUCUUUUGUUUUGUGAAGAACUGAUAUAGAAGGAUAAAAAAAGAAAAAGAAGAAGAAGAAGAAGAAAGAAGAAGAAGAAGAAGAAGAAAUUACUCAAGGUAUAUCAACUUGUUAGAUUUAGGGUGACUGAAUAAUGUAAAAAACUCACACUUUUCGAUGUAUAAGGUUGAUGACUCGUUGAUUCAAGUUCCCAUAGAAAGUUGGGGCGUGACCGAUUGAAAUGCCUAGGUUAACCGAUUAAAAUGCUGAGAAACAGAAAAUUAAAAAUGUGGAAAUUCUCAAAAAGAUUGAAUUUCCAUAUUCCCGUGGAAUGCCAAUGCUUUCUUUUAUUUGGAUUUCAUAAAAGAAAGUGAAUUUAAUGCCAAAUGGUUUAAAAAGUGAAAAAGGAGCAAAAAGGAAAAAUAAAAAAGAGACCACAAAAACGAAAAGGGUGAAAACCCUACCCAGCACUAUUAAAAGGCACAAGAAGACAAUGCUUUGUAAAUACUAUAAAUUUAAUCUGCUCUAAAACUACUUGGCAAAACGAAAGAAAUUAUUUGGAAGUGUUCUUAAUUAUUUGAGAUUGUUCUAAAACAUCAGAGUCAAAUUCUUCUCCCUUUUUUUUUUUUUUUUUUUU